UAAUAUAAUUAAUUUAAUAAUGUAGUGUUUCUGUAGCCACGUGACCCUGACGUUGCAACAUAUACGAUCAAUGCGCCCUAUUACUAACAAUGCAAUCGAAAUAUAAUAUAACUUUCGAUGCAUAAUCAAACUAUCGAUAAUGUCGGAGUUUUUACUAUCUCAUUUUUUAAAUUUAAUGUCGGAGUAAAAUCCGUCAUAAUUUUGGUAACCUAUGAAUCAGAUGGUCGGAGUACCAGAUGUUCGUAACAAUUACUACUUUGUCAAAUGUCGAAGUAUGUAAAUGUCGGAGCAUCAUCAGUUCGUGGCAAAGGUUUAAACUGACAAUUUUUAAUUAGAUUACAAUGACGAGAUUUGCUAGAGCUCGAGGUUCUAAAUCAUCUAAUCAGAAAUUACCAGAAGAAGCUACUCCAUGGUCACAAAUGAAACAAAAAAAUAAAUUGAAUAGUUCAAUUGAAGAUGAUUCUAAAAUACAUUUGCUUAAAGAGGACAAAAAACAGAAAUCAUUUUCUAAUGUAGAAAAAUUUGAUGGAUUCAGCGUAUUGAAAGAAGAUGCUGCCGAAUUACGAUUACAAAAGUCUAAGUUAAUUAAACAGGGUAUACCAAGAAAUCAAUUAAAGACACACUUGUUACCUUUUCGUCGACGUGCUGAAAAAAGAUUAGCAAGGCUUAGGCAAAAAAUGUGUUUUCAUUGUCGUCAACAAGGACACAUGCUUAAUCAGUGUCCUAAAUUAGGAUCCAACACUGCUUUAGGAGUAUGUUUCAAGUGUGGUUCUACUGAACAUAAACUACAAGAGUGUCGUAACACAAGUUCUAAUCAACUUGAAUAUGCUAAAUGUUUUAUAUGCAAUGAAGAAGGGCAUCUAUCACGUCAAUGUCCUGACAAUCCAAUGGGCUUGUAUCCUAAUGGAGGAGCAUGCCGGUUAUGUGAAGAUGUUACUCAUUUUGCAAAAGAUUGUCCUGAAAAACAGAAUUGUAAGAAAGAAGAGUACUUGCCUGUAGUUGGAUUAAUUGAUAAUAAAGCAAUUGAAGAGUUAGACUGUAACCAACAAAAAAGCAGAAAAGAUCUCUCGGGAUUCAAUGGAAAUAAAGGAUUAAAGAAAAAAAAAUUAGUUAUUAUGAAAUGAUUUUGAGAUAGCUACAAUUUAAUAUUAAAAUUUUUUGUCUCAAUCUUACUAUUAAUAAAGAAAUUUUAGCCUCGUCA